AGUUAAAAUCGGACAAAUUUUAAUGUUAAUUGUUUUAUAAUAUAAAUAAUUGCAAAUAACAAGACAUAACUUGUAUGCUUAAGUGUAAUUUAUGUGUAUAAGAAUCAAGUGUAAGAUAAGUUUUGUGUAAGGAUUCAAAGAUCCAGUAGAAGUAAAAUUAAUUUAUGAUUGACUUUAAAAAUGUCUAAAAGUGAAAAGAAUCCGCAAAAUGCGCCUGCUGUCAUCCUCCCGAUUGGAUUAAAUCCAGAAAAAUCUGGAUCCGCAACUGAGUUUAAUUCCACCUCAAAGUUAGCUUACGAUUACGAUGAUUCCUAUAAUCCUUUCGAGAACCGAGAAACGGAAAAGGCAAACACAACAACCGGCGCACUCAUUCACCUGCUUAAAAGUUCUCUUGGAACGGGAAUUUUGGCUAUGCCAAAUGCAUUCAACAAUGCUGGUCUAGUAUUCGCAUCAAUUAUGACAGUCAUCGUUGGUCUCGUUUGUACGCAUUGUGUUUGGAUUUUGGUUCGAUGUUCGCACAAAAUAUGCAAAAUAUCAAAAACGCCAGUGCUUGGAUUUGCCGAGACAGCAGAGAAAGUUUUCGAGUAUGGACCAAAUUGGGCGAAAAAGUAUUCAAGAGCAGCACGUCAGGGUGUAGAUUACGCUCUUAUGGCUACAUAUUACUCAACCGGAUGCGUUUAUAUCGUUUUUAUUGCCAACACAUUCCAUAACAUUUGCAACGAUUUAUUGGGAUGGGAAUUUAGCGUCCGAAUUUAUAUCCUUUUUGUAAUCAUUCCAUGCCUUUUCAUCGGUCAGAUACGUAAUUUAAAAUUACUUGUACCGUUCUCGGGAAGUGCCAAUGUUUUUAUCCUCGUCACAUUCGGUAUCGUUCUUUAUUACAUUUUCAAAGAGCCAUUGGAUAUCAGCGAUAAGCCUGCAAUUGUAUCAUGGACAAAAUGGCCAGUAUUCUUUAGUACUGUUAUUUUCGCAAUGGAAGGUAUUGGCGCGGUUAUGCCUGUUGAAAACAGCAUGAAAAAACCACAACAGUUCCUCGGAUUUCCAAGUGUUUUGAUGAUUGCUAUGAUUACUGUUACUGUUAUGUAUACAGUUCUUGGAUUCCUCGGAUAUAUUAGAUUUGGAUCAGAAAUUCAAGGGAGUAUUACAUUGAAUCUACCCACUGAUGAAUGGCCUGCAAUCACUGGACAAGUUCUUAUUGGAAUUGCCAUUUUGUUUACUUUCGGUCUUCAAUUCUACAUUCCAAUGGAAAUCUUGUUGAAGAAAAUCGAAAGUAAAAUUGCAAAGGGCAGAAAUAUUAAGGAAAUCACUCUCAGAACAGGAAUUAUCAUCCUUACUGGUGCUGUUGGUAUUGCAGUUCCUGAUUUAGAGCCCGUUAUCAGUCUUGUCGGUGCUGUUUUCUUCAGCGGUCUCGGACUUUUCGUUCCCGCAUUCAUUGAAUGUGUUUACUUAUCAGCUUAUGAAGGAUUUGGAAAAUUCAACUGGAAACUUUGGAAGAACAUCUUACUUAUGAUUUUCUCAGUUAUUGCCUUAGUUUCCGGAGCAUUUGUCUCAAUACUUGACAUUAUUGAGACAUACAUGGGCGGUGACGAAGGAAGUGGUCAUCUUACAAAAACACAUUUUUAA